AUGUCAUCAUUUUCGUCUCAACAGUUGGCCGAGGCUCACACCAAACCCCGGACCAUCAAGACUCACCUCGCCUUCUCAUUGCUGCCAAAGAACUUAUUGGACACAUGCAAGGUUGUGUACAUGUUCCGUAACCCGAUGGACAACGUUCUCUCAGCUCUACAUCACUAUAAGUUGGUCAAAAUUCACAGCUUCGUCGGCACUCAAGACGACUUUGUCGAUAUGUACGUCGAUGACUUGCGCAAUUUGUACAGCCCGUACGGCCAGCACCUGCGGGAGGCGUGGGCGCGACGCGGUCACCCCAACCUGCACGUCGUCUCCUUCGAGGAACUGAAGAGCGACACGCGCGCCCAACUCUGCAGACUGGACGCCUUCCUCGGCACCCGCCUUACGGAUCAGCAGCUCGAGAACGUCUUGCAGAAGACGAGCUUCAAGACCAUGCAAGACAGCGACCCCUUCAAGACAGCUGGACACGACGCCUACAAUAGACAAGUGGGGGAGCAAGAGGGGCUCUUUGUGAGGCAGGGUGAGGCAUACAAUAGACAAGUGGGGGAGCAAGAGGGGCUCUUUGCAAAGCUGGCUGGCACCUGGAAGGAGAAAAUUAGUCAGCAGCAACAAGAGAAGCUCGAGGAUUGGAUCAAGAAGAACUUUACAGAUUACGGUAUCAAGUUCAGGUUUGAUUAG